AUGUCUAAUCUGUGUUAUGGUGGCAUCAGGGUGAGAGGCAGCAUGUCUAAUCUGUGUUAUGGUGGCAUGAGGGUGAGAGGCGGCAUGUCUAAUCUGUGUUAUGGUGGCAUCAGGCCGAAAGGCAGCAUGUCUAAUCUGUGUUAUGGUGCUAUCAGCCUGAGAGGCAGCAUGAAUAAUCUGUGUUAUGGUGCUAUCAGGCCGAGAGGCAGCAUGUCUAAUCUGUGUUGCGGCGGCAUCAAGCUGAGAGGCAGCAUGUCUAAUCUUUGUUAUGGUGCUAUCAGGCCGAGAGACAGCAUGUCUAAUGUGUGUUACGGUGGCAUCAAGCCGAGAGGCAGCAUGUCUAAUCUGUGUUGCGGUGGCAUCAAGCUGAGAGGCAGCAUGUCUAAUCUGUGUUACGGUGCUAUCAAGCCGAGAGGCAGCAUGUCUAAUCUGUGUUAUGGUGGCAUCAGGCUGAGAGGCAGUAUGUCUAAUCUGUGUUACGGUGCUAUCAAGCCGAGAGGCAGCAUGUCUAAUCUGUGUUCCGUCGGCAUCAGGCUGAGAGGCAGCAUGUCUUAUUUGUGUUACGGUGGCAUCAGGCCGAGAGGCAGCAUGUCUAAUCUGUGUUAUGGUGCUAUCAGCCUGAGAGGCAGCAUGUCUAAUCUGUGUUAUGGUGGCAUCAGGCCGAGAGGCAGCAUGUCUAAUCUGUGUUGCGGCGGCAUCAAGCUGAGAGGCAGCAUGUCUAAUCAUUGUUAUGGUGCUAUCAAGCCGAGAGGCAGCAUGUCUAAUGUGUGUUACGGUGGCAUGAAGCCGAGAGGCAGCAUGUCUAAUCUGUGUUACGGUGCUAUCAGCCUGAGAGGCAGCAUGUCUAAUCUGUGUUACGGUGGCAUCAGGCCGAGAGGCAGCAUGUCUAAUCUGUGUUAUGGUGCUAUCAGGCCGAGAGGCAGCAUGUAUAAUCUGUGUUACAGUGGCAUCAGGGUGAGAGGCAGCAUAUCUAAUCUGUGUUAUGGUGCUAUCAAGCUGAGAGGCAGCAUGUCUAAUCUGUGUUAA